AAAUUUACCGAAAUAUUCAAUUGAUGUUGGCGUCCCCUUUAGACUGUUUUUUUUGUUAAUUCCUAUAAAAAUUUAAAUUUAAAAUACGUAACUAUGGCGGAACAGCCAUCACCCAAGUCAACAAUUGUGGCUAUAACUAGUGAUCAUGUCGAUCGUUUAUUUAACAAGUGGACAAAUAUGUUUGAUGAGAAAUACUGUUUGGAAUUGAUGGAUAAAUUGGGAGACCGCGUGAAGAAUUUCUAUUGCGACUUGCUUACAGAAUCAAAUGAGAAAGAGCAGCUAAUCCAGGAAGAUAUAAGUGCACUGCGAGAGGAGGCCGAAGAAAUACGUCGCCUGUUGCAUAAAAACUUAGAUAUUGGCGAAAAACCGGAGGAAAUGCCGCUUGACGUCUGGCUGCAAACGUUGGACAAGAGUAUUGAACACCUCCGAGAGGAGCUACGCGAACGUCGUGCGGAAAUUUGCGAGCUGCUCCUGCAGCAGGAUCAGCUGUGCGAAGAGUUAGGUGAGUGCCCUCUGCCACUUCUUGCCGAUCCACUGCCCAGGCCGGAAGAAAUGUCGUCCUUUUGCAAGCACCUCGAGCAGUUGCGGGCAGUGCGCGAGCGCCGUAUGGAAGAGCUAUUCCAGCUGCGAAGUCAGAUCAAGCAAGACAUGAAGAUGCUGUCAAUAAUGCCGAACACAGCUGCAGAAGAGCACUUGCUUAGUCAGGCAAACCAGCAUCUGACUCCUAAUAUCUUGGAGAAGCUUAGACUCAUGCAGAAGGAGUUUGCAGCACAGGUUCAGGAAAUGCGGGAACAGAUCGACGAUAUGCGCGGGAAGAUAUAUGAGCUGUGGGAGCGUCUGCAAGAGUCAGACAAAUAUGUAAUGAAUAGAGUGCGUAAAGCCGAUGAGUAUACACAGUCAACAUUUGAUGUGUUGCGUGAGGAACUGCAGCGGUGCCAGGCGCUGCGUCGUAAGAACCUGAAGACGUUCAUCGAGCAACUGCGUUUAGAGAUCAAGAAGUGGUGGGACUUGACCCUGAAGUCAGAGCAGGAGCGAAAACGCUUCUCAAACUUUUUUAAUGAGUGGUACAACGAGGACUUGUUGGAGUUACAUGAGCUCGAGCUAGAUGAUUUAAAAAGCUUUUACAAUAGCAACAAAGAGAUAUUUGAGCUGUUUGCCAGUCGGUCCGAGUUCUGGGUCAGAAUGGAGGCUCUCGAGGCGAAGGCCAACGAUCCUAAUCGGUUCAACAAUCGUGGUGGGCAGCUCCUUAAGGAGGAACGCGAACGGAAGGCAAUUGGAACCAAGUUGCCGAAGAUUGAGCAACAGAUUACAGAAUUAGUUAAAGCAUAUGAAAUACGUAAUCAGUGUCCGUUUCUGGUCCAUGGUGAAAAUAUACUGGAGCGUAUGGAAAACGAUUGGGUACGCCUUCGCCAGGCCAAAGAGCAACAAAGCUCAGCGCGCAAGCAAGGAGGGAUAACUUCAGCCAAUGGCAAGAUGUUGCCACCUGCUACACCGGGGUCUAUGGCUCCUCGGACGCCUUUGUCGUUGAGGAAUAUGUCUGCAAUGUCGAGUUCAACGAUGUCGUUGCGGAAGACUCCAUCGACUUUGCAGUUAUCGUCGAUGACUGGCUCCGCGGCCAAGACCACAGGCAAUCUGCACAAAAGGAAGUUGCCAAAGGCCGAAAAUAGUUCCACAGACGAGACCCCAAAUGCCAAGAGGAGCCUGAUGAGGGCGUUGAGUACGUUAAAGCCAUCACCGGCAAUGCGAAAGCCCAUCCAGCGACUAGCUGCAGCCCAGCAAAAGCCAAAAAAGUCGCCAAUGAAGAAGGUUCUAGUGUUGGAGAAUACUUUGCGUCGCAGCGCUGGUGUGGGUCGUCGUAGCAUUGGCCAAUCCAGCAAGAAGCGGCGUAGUAAGGUGGGCAUACCGACUAUUCACGUGCAUCCAUCUACCAGUGAUGAGCAGGAGCAAGAGCAAGAGCAAGAGCAGGAGCAGGAUCCCGAGGAGAUUGUCAACUAUAAUAAAUUUGCACCAAAAGUUCGUUCGUCUGAACUGCCGCGAACAUUGGCCUCCUCUCGACCAGCUUUUGCAGCCAACAAAGACAAGAAACAGUAUGCGCGCAGGGAAUUGAACGAAGACCUUGCGCAAGCGGUAGAACUGCCAGAGCCCAGACGUAGCAGAAUGUGGCAGCUUAAGCAUAAGAAUUAAGAUUAACCUAUUAAUAUAAUUAUUUCAUUUAAAUCUA